CAAUUUGAAUUAUAUGAACGAUCACUGCCUUAAACUCCAAGUAAGAAUUCGCAUAACGAUUUUCUGCAUUCAAGUUUACUUUCACUUAAAAACCAUCACCUCAAAUACAUACAAAAACUUAAGCAAAAAGGAGACAACCAGCGACGCACUGGCCUCACUUUCCAGCCAGCUUUCCAGCGCAGAAGGACUUCUCGCCCACCACCUAGCGGCAGUUUAGUGCAAUGGUAUUGCCAUUUGGCUUGGCCUCUGAUGGUCAAAACGUAGCUGGCAAUCAAAACAUGAUAACCCCCACUGCACCGCCCGCUUUUCUUAUGCACGGCCACACAAAUGUAUCCACUGUUGUGCCUGUCAUACCAAGCCCCUACAUCGAUUUCAUAGUCGUAAAUGGCGAUGAUCGUUGCAUGAUACGCUGCGAGCGGAAAGCCGUGCUGGAGAAUAGUGUCGAGUUAGCGAAACUAAUACGAGCAGGUCCGAAUAGUGGCCGCAAGGGCGAUAAUCACUUCCAGAUUUCCAAUGUGGACAAGAAUGACUUUGAAUUGGUUAUACGAUUUUUAGAGACUAAGUUUGUGCGCCAUCGCGAUCAUUUGCACAUACUGAAGAUACUCGAAUUGGCCGAUCGCUUCAAUUGUCCCGAUUUGGUCAUCCAUUGCAUACGUGAAUUGGACCUACAAUUAACAAGCGCUGUUGUGAUCGAUAUCUUACGUUCGCUGUGGUUCUACCAAAGCAUUUCGGUGCCAAAUCAACACCAAUUGUGUGCAGUUAUUACCACACAGGAGAUUGGCGCUAAUAAGAAAACGAAACGUAAGAACACAAACCCGCCAGCGAAUACCAACACCACUGGUGCUGGCGCUGGUGCUGGCGCUGGUGCCGGCUACAAUGCGAAUGCGAACAUAGAAUCGAGUACGCAUCCAAGUCCAUUUACUGCCGAGGAGUUUGGCAUGGCUUUGCUCAAUAAUGCGCUGCAAUUGAUUGAUAUGCACGCUCAACUGGUGCUGACCAAGCAGCAAAUCAACGAAUUACGCUUUGAAGAGCUGGAAAUGAUUGCGAAGCGUGAGGCUUUGCAACUCAGCUCAGAGUUAGUGCUUUUCAAUUGUCUAGCCGACUGGAGUGUGGCGGAAUGUCAGCGUAAGAAGCUCGACGGGACGGCAGAAAAUAGGCGUCGUGUGCUGGGGCCGCUGUGCUAUGCGCCACGUUACUUGCUGAUGAGUGCCAGUGAAUUUCGCAGAGCUUGCGAUCGCGUGGAGCUAUUGGAUCCAGUGGAAAUAUCACUUGUGAGCGAUGCAAUUGAAGGUAAAAAAUUGAAGAAUCUUACGCCAGAGCAAAGUCAAUUAUUGGAAAAAUUUCGAACGCCACGACCCGAGUUCCCCAAAAUGCCAAUUCAUCUAAGUGAUCGUACCAAUCCAAAGAAUUAUCCAAAGAAAAUGCGACGUGCCGAAAAGGGAGCAUCUGGCGAGGAAGGCUGCUGGAGUAAUUUCGGCAUGAAUUGCUUGGCUGUAUUCGCGUGCAUUUUCGAUUAAGCGAAUAACGAAGUAGAAGUAAAGUAGGAAUUUAUGUAGAAGGUUAACAUUACAACAAGCGGUUUACACCCACAUAUGCACGCAUGCAUAAGUACGUAAAUACAUAUUUGAGUGCACAGGCAUUCAGCAUUUUUCCGAACAAACUUCAGCAGUCCGAGGUGCGUCAACUACACAGGGUUGUAUGUACUUACAUUUGUAUGUGUACAGUAAGCAGCUGGAACUUAACGGUAAGGCGAAGCUUGAAGGCGUGACUAUGGCAACUUAACGUAACUUAAAGGCUGUCAUUUAAAAAUUCUCUUAACUGGCUGUUGCUUAUAUUUGGACAGUCGAAACUUGACGUAGCUUCUGUCUCAUUUCGAUUUUCUAAGUUCUAAGUUACGUUAAGUUAAGUUAAGUUGCCAUAAUCAGACUUUAACGGUUAUAAUGAUACCAAGUUUUGAGACUUGGAAUGGGUGCGAUGCAGAAAAUGACGGAGUUGUAGAAUUAGAAGAAGAAAAGGAACAGUUAUGUGAAAGCAAUGGAGACUAUUCAAAACCCAUAAGAACGAGUAAUUUAAGUUUUUAUACCGACAUACCGAUACCACGUGAAUUUUCUAGUGAGUUACAAAAAGUACAGUACGGUAUGUGCAUAUGUACUCCACCUACACGAGUAAUUAAAUAGAACAAAAUCUUAUGUAAAAUAUGUAUGUAUGUUAUUGUGUCAGUCAGUAGAGCUAUCACAUCGUAUUUGGAAAUGUCGCUGUACCGUCUGAAAUUGUUUACAUACCUACAUACAUGCAUACAUAUUUAAUUAUAUAUAUAUAAAUAUACAUAUUUUUUAUGUCACCCUAUUUUAUGUAUGCAAUUUUAUAAUUUGUUAAGUAAAUUUGUUGCUAGUCAAUACAUACAUACAUACAUACAUAUGUACGUAUAAUCGCAAAUAUUUGUUUAUAGAAAAUUUGUUUCAUAAAUAGAAUAUUAAUUAGCAUAAUUGAAAAGGAAUCUAAGUACAAUAUAUGCAAGCAUUGUCUACAUAAAUGCAUACAUAUACAUACAUACAUCCAUACACACAAAAUAUAGCUAAAAAUAUUCACCUAACAUACAAAUUUUUAAAUUAAUAAAUUAGAUAAAUUAAAUUAAUCGAAUGUUUUAAGUUAUAGCGAGCAAAAAAGGGAAAUGUGGAAGAUAAGCUGCACACGCUUAAUCAUAUUUACACACAUACACACGCACACAUAAAUACAUACAUACAUGCAAAAUAUAUUAAAUGUUAUAGCGAAAUUUACGCAAUUCACUUUUUAAAUAAUUUUACUAAGAGCGAAUAUGUAUUUAUGACAGAGUGGAUAGGCAAUUUAAGCUUGCGAAUCGAUUGUUAAUUUUAAAAAAUUUUAAAGUUUCAACAAACAGAAAAAAAAACAUUUUUUUUUUUGAAACAUCAACGAGUGCGGCAUUUUACAGCCACCCCAAUAUUUAAUCGUAGAUUUGGCAUGUAUUCGAAAAGAUGGAAUGGCUAGGAAUUGUAGUAAAUUUGUUUAUAAACAUUUAUUCCAUCGUUUGUAUAUGUACUCUUGCAUGGUCCCGUUUUUAUGAAGCCCUUUUUUGCAAGGCAUUAAGUAAACUCUCAUACAUACAUAACUAAAUACAUACUGUGUAAUUUAGAUCUAAUUUGCAAAACUUAAAUUUUUGUGUGUAUAUUCUAAUACAAACUAAGCAAACAUUUUCUACAUAAUGCAAUCGAAUGAAUAUGUCGCUGAAAAUUGAAUAUAGUUAAGUACAUACCACAUCAAAGAGAGCAUAAAACAGCAUGACUAAAUUAUUGAUACAGACAUAGUACGAUACGAGUAAAUAUACG